AUGGGUGGUCCUGACAGACGGGUCUAUUGGCCACGCGGCAUGGAAGAAUGGCUGCGCCCCGCGAAGAAAAUCGUGAAACCCAAGGCGAGCCCGAAGAAGGUCAAGAAAGAACCUGAGGCCAACGGCGCCCUGGAAACACCAGUGGAAAAGCCUGCUCGUGUUCCUCGACGGACUCCUUCAACCAAAAAGCGGAAAGCUGAAAAAAUCGAGACCACCCCGGAGUUGGAUGAGCUAAGCGAUCUAUCUGCCGAGCCGGAAGGUGUGGCUGCGAAGGCGCCUGGCUCGCGGAAAAGUACUCGAGCGAAGAAGGUCAAUUACACCGAGGAUAGCGCAUAG